AUGGCCGCCAAGUACCAGCCCCCGAGCUGGUGCAAGCCUCCCAGGAACCCCGACGAUGCGCGGCAGGAGCUGCGCUUCCUCCCCGGGGAGGCCUCGGCCGCCGCCCCGCCGAGGGCGCUCGAGCUCUCCGACAGGGCGGUCUACACCAUCGGCCGCAGCGAGGGCUCGGACGUGCAGCUGAAGGGCGAGCUGGCCUCUAGGAUGCACGCGGCGGUGCUGCAGGACGCCGACGGCGGCAAGUUCCUGGUGGACCUCAAGAGUGCCAACGGCACCUUCCUGGCCUCGAGGCGCCUGGCCCCGCACGCGCCCGAACCCUGGCCCGCCGGCGCCGUGGCGUCCUUCGGCUACGGCCCGAAGGCCGAGCUGGUCGAGCUGAGCCCGCCGGUUGGCAGGGCCGUCCCGGCGGCCGGCGGCGGCGGCGCCUCGCCCUCGGCGAAGCGGAGGCGGGCGGGCGAGGAGGCCCCGGCGGCCGCGCCCGCGGCUGCGUUCUCGCUCUAUGACGACCUGCCUGAGGCUCGGCGGCUGCAAAGGGGGUGGUUCGAGGAGGCGAGGAUGGAGCCCGCGAUGCCGGUCGAGAGGGACCCCACCAAGAUCAUCUUCCUUGACAUCGACGGGUGCCUGCGGCCGCUGCACUCCAGGCAGGACGCCUUCAAGAACGCCAAGACGAUGGAGAUCAACGGGAUCCGGGUGCCGCUGCUCGGGAGCGGCGAGGCGAAGGCGGGUAUCGACUUCUGGCCCUCCGCCCUGCGCGCGCUGAAGCAGGUGGUCCAGAAGACGGGGGCCCGGAUCGUGCUGUCGUCGGACUGGCGCAAGGAGGAAGUGCUCAGGGACGGCAUCGCGGCGCAGUUUGAGGAGCACAGGAUCCCCCCGCUCUUCGGGCAGACGCCCGACCUGGACGCGGUGGGCGUGGGCGUGCUGAAGGCCAUCCACACCUCCUUCCGCGAGAAGCGCUGCAAGGAGAUCCGGAAGUGGCUGAAGGCGCACCCGAAGGUGACGAGGUGGGUCGCCAUAACGACAUCGACCUUAGUCAGCCGGACAAGGAGCAGCUGCUGGCCGAGAGCAGCGGGAGCGCCAAGGUCAGCGUCUUCCUCGACCCAGGCAGGGAGUUCGUGCGGUGUAACCCCACGACGGGGCUGA